CCCGCCCCGCGGGCCGCGCCCGAGCUGGGGAUCCGCUGAGCCGCGCGUGUGGGCUCCGGGGCUCGUCCGGCGGCCAGGCGCCCGCGGUUCUGCGGCGAGUUCCCGGCCGGCGCGGACCGCAGCGCCGGGGAUGCGGCAGCGUUGAGAGCUCGCCCCCAGCGAACACCGGAGCCGGUCGCGGAGAGUCCUCCUGGGGUGGGAAGUUGGGUCCGCUCCGCACUCCGGCAUCAUGGCCAGCCCUGCGGGGUCGCAGAACAAGGAAAUAGACUGUCUGAGUCCAGAAGCUCAAAGACUGGCGGAGGCCAGGCUUGCAGCAAAGCGUGCGGCCCGUGCUGAGGCUCGAGAGAUCCGGAUGAAGGAGCUGGAGCGGCAGCAGAAGGAGAUCUAUCAGGUUCAAAAGAAAUAUUAUGGACUGGACACAAAAUGGGGCGACAUCGAGCGGUGGAUGGAGGACAGUGAGCGCCAGUCUCGCAGAUCCCGGAGGAGCACGUCGGCUUCUGAUGAAGAUGAGCGCAUGUCCGUGGGUAGCCGCGGCAGCCUGAGGUCGCAGCCUGACGUGGAGUACGGGGGUCCCUACGCCUGGACCAAUGGUUAUGAUGGAGAAUUAUAUGGAUCGCAGUCCCUGAGUAGAAGAUCUGGCAGGAAUUCCAGCUCUGGCGGUGACGGCAGAUUCUCCACUUUGUCAUCAUGCAGGGAGGAGAAGUUGGUUGGUUUCCAUUCAAAUCUCUCACACCCUUUCUUCAGAGACUGCAGGGACUCUCCUGUUCGGAACUUGGGCUUCCUGUUGGUGGCCUUGCUCACAAGCCCCUGUCUGCCCAGAAUGGAAACCGGCCCUGCUAUCUGUCCAGCGCUGCCCGGCCUGCGGGGAGGUAUCCGGUGUCUCUGUUGGAUGAGAGCAGCCUCAGUGGGGCUCGGCGGGGCGGUGCCUGCGGUUCCCGGGCUCCUUCAGAGUACAGUGGCCACCUCAACUCCGGCUCCCGCGCCUCUUCCAGGGCCAGCUCGGCGCGGGCCAGCCCUGUGGAAAUGGAAGCGCCUCGGUGCCCAGAGUCUCCCACCAGGGUCAAGACCUGAAGCUGGUACACGGGCCUGCGGUCCUGAGGAAGCAGGGGGGAGCCACCCCAUCCCAGAGGGACUGCCGCUCCUCACUCCCACGAUUUCCCACUCUGCACAGGUUGAAGAGAGACCAGAGAAAGAUUUUGCUGAGAAGGGGUCUCGCAACAUGCCGGGCUUGUCUGCAGCCACGCUGGCCUCCCUGGGUGGAACGUCUUCCCGGAGAGGAAGCGGAGACACCUCCAUCUCCAUUGACACCGAGGCCUCCAUCAGGGAGAUCAAGGAACUCAAUGAGUUAAAGGACCAGAUUCAGGAUGUAGAAGGCAAAUACAUGCAAGGACUGAAAGAGAUGAAGGACUCACUAGCAGAAGUGGAAGAGAAAUACAAGAAGGCUAUGGUUUCCAACGCCCAGCUAGACAACGAGAAGACCAACUUCAUGUAUCAGGUUGACAACCUGAAGGACACGCUGCUGGAGCUCGAGGAGCAGCUGGCUGAGUCUCAGCGACAGUACGAAGAGAAAAGCAAAGAGUUUGAGCGGGAAAAGCAUGCCCACAGCGUACUGCAGUUCCAGUUUGCUGAAGUCAAGGAGGCGCUGAGGCAGAGGGAAGAAAUGCUGGAGGAAAUCCGACAACUACAGCAGAAGCAGGAGAGUUAUAUCAGGGAGAUUUCUGAUCUUCAGGAAACAAUAGAGUGGAAAGACAAAAAGAUAGGGGCCUUAGAGAGGCAGAAAGAGUUCUUUGAUUCCAUAAGAAGCGAACGAGAUGAUCUUAGAGAAGAAAUAGUCAAGCUGAAAGAGGAAUUGAAGAAACAUGGAAUCAUCCUAAAUUCAGAAAUAGCCAACAAUGGAGAGACUUCAGAUACACUAAACAAUGUUGGGUACCAAGGCUCCACCAAGAUCACUAAAGAGGAGUUAAAUGCCCUCAAGUCGGCCGGGGACGGGACACUGGGAAGAGCCACAGAAGUGAAGGUGAAAAAUGAAAUUGUGGAGAAUAUGGGGAAAAGAGCAAUCUUGCAGAAUACUGAGCAAGAACAGCACAAAGAGGACACAGUAAAGGAUUAUGUAUCACAUCCUGGUGAAAAUGUGGAGGAGCAGAAAACCUCUGGAGACAGUGCCCCGUCCCCAGGACCCAGAGCAAAUGCUAACUGUGAGGAGCAGGUUCACGACCAAGUUCUAGAGAAUACUGCUUUCCUUGAAAGUCCAGGGCAGGUUGAGUCAAGAGGGGUCACAGAUGUGCCAGAUGGUGAAACUGGGGCUUCCCUAGAGCAGCCUGGCUAUUGGAGGGAUUUAGACAAGGAAGCCCCAGUACCCACGAAUGGGCAGGGCAGUUGCACUGCCUUGGAUAUCAAAAGCCAAAGUGAGCCAUCUGUAGGAAGGCAGGAAAAAGAAAAGCAGGAGGAUUGGAAAARCGACUUGGAAGAGGUUAGCUCACAGACAUGCCAGGAAUCUGCUCCUGUGCCAAUACCCGAAGUUGAAAGAAUGAAUAGGACAGACRCUGGAGGGCCAAGUGGGGGUCACCUGGGGAGUACAGUAGAGGCAGGGGGGGUGCCAGCUGGGGAGCAAGUGGGCACAGUGCCUGCAAGUCCUCUGAAGCAUGGUGACGACCCAGUGACUCAAGGUGGACAGUGUGUGUUUAGCACCAGUGCAGRGCAGAGCUUAGAGAAGGAGCUCACCAACCGGGAGGCAGCUGAGCUGAGAGAGGCCCCAGUUCAUAGCACAGAAGCCGGUGGGAAGAACAGUGCAGAAAAGGGUGGGGCUGCGGAGGUGAGGGAUGGGGAGCCAGGCCACGCAGAACCCCAGCCCAUCCCUGGUGCUCCAGCAGCCAAGGGCAGCCAUCAGGAAGCAACAGGCUCAGGUAGGGCCGAUGCUGAAGGUGAACUGCUUGCUGCCAAGGAACCAGAGGAAGAGAAGAGUGACCAGCAGGCGGAGGCCUCAGAGUCACCCCAGAAGAAGAAUAAGAACAAGAAGAAGAAAAACAAGAAGAAAAGAUCACCGGCAGCUGCAGAAUCCCUUGAGGGUGUUAAGAAAGAACUGAGCUAUCAGGACGCAGAGGUGGGCGAGAUUAAGGAAGAAGAGCAGGUGCAGUUUUCUGACAAGAAACGAAUAGUGGAACCACAAAAUGAGGUGACCCAAAAUCCAGAGCAGAAAAUUGUGGCAGGAAGCGGGGAGCAUGUUGAUUGUCCGGGGAAUCGUGAAACGGAGUUGAAUGGAAAGCUUCAGCACGAGGACGGUGACGUGAAGACCAGGGCAGGGGGAAUGUCUCAUGGAGGCACGUUGAACCCUGAAGGUGGGACAGUUGAGUCGUCAGGUGCUAGUGCUAGUGAUAAAGCAUUAGAUGAAGAUGAUGAUGCCAAGGCAGCCAGCAGCACCCAGAGCAGUCCUCUAGAACCAGAGAAGGGAGAAGGGGACCGCAGCUCCCCGCUGGAAGACAGCCCCUCAGAGGACACUGAUGAUGCCUCUCGGGCAGAGAGUGCCCAGAGGCAGGAUCCGUCCCCACACCCAGGUCAGGUGGCUGACAAGGCCCAGGACAGCCUGGGUCAAGAAAGCAGUGAGUUGUCAGCAGCAGCAGGGGAGACGGGGGACUCCAGUUCAGAGGGUGGAAGAGAAGCAGAAGGAAGGGAGAAGGGCAAGAGCAAAGAAGACUGCACCAUGUCCUAGGGCAGGCUGGCCGCAGAUGGGCAGCCGGCGGGCACCAGACCAGGCGUCAGAGACGCCCUCCUCGACCUCACUGGCAACAGUGCGGAACGUCCUACUUGAUCUAGGUGUACUGUAGGACAGUGACUCACUUACCACAUUAGCUACAUUGUUACCUACAGGUUCGUGUUCAAUCAUUGAGGUUGUCACCCAUAUUAGGAAGAAAGACAUUUGUUUUCAGAGUAAGUUCUGACGGAGAGCUUUCCAGUAGCAGCAAACAGUAAGGUAUCCGUACUCUUUUUAUAUUCUAGCCUGAAGUAAAACUACUUCGCUAGACCCCAGGCCAUUAUGCAUGUAGAUGUGGACCAAAUAUAUCAACAUCCAAUGAAAUGACCAAAUAGCACUCUUAGAUUUCUGCAUCAUGAAUAUUGUGCAAAUUUAAACUAAUACGUCUCAUUCAAGUCUGUGUACUUCCAUAUUUGAUUUUAACAUGUACAUUAUCACCUGCAUAGUAUUUUAUUUAACUGAAAUAAAUGUCCAAAUGGCAUGUAGGUCACUGAGUGAUAAGAUACGCACCUCAGGCCGAUAAUUGAUCAUUUUAGGGAUAACAGUAAAUAUCUGAAAGCACUAGGGAGGUCUUUUUGUUCUUUACCUCAUGUAUUUAAUUUCAUGCCAAUACCCUUGGAUCGCAUUGUCCAGAUGACCAAGUUUAUUUUGUAGAUUUUGACUUCACUUCAUGCUUAUGAAGUAUCAGAUUCAUUGUAUAUGAAGAUUAUUUUUAAAAUAUUUUUAUCAAGAAAUAUGUUGAAAUUGCAUUUCCUACUGUGGUAUUUAGACAAGGGCAGUCUUAAAAUUUUUUAACUUAAAAUUACUUCUCUUUCUGUUUGAAUGUCUUAGUCAUUAUUCAAAAGAGCAACACAAAACAUUACUUGUUCUAAUGCAAACUACUCAUUAGAUUAAACUAGGAUAUUUUAAAAAGUUGAAUCACUUUUGGUAUUUUG